AAGAAGAAAAAAAUUACACACCACAAAUAUUUUAAUUUUUGAUUGUCAAUAUUCAAACUGUCAUCCUCAUCCUCAACUUUACAAAAAGAGCCAUUUUUAUGGUUCUUUUUAUGACAAUCAAAGAUAUUAUACAUAUUUACUUACAUGUGUAUGUAAAGUUUGUUUGUUGUAUACAUGUGCCUUUAAUGUCCCUUUCAUUUAACUUCUAGAUUAAAACAAGAAAAGCAUUAAAGAUUUUUUUACAUCUUUGAAACAAUUUACAUAUUGUUCAAAUUUUUGGUUCUUCGAUUUUAAAGAGAAACAACAAGAGGGAGGUUUAUUAGAUUAAGGACAUUGAUUUUAAGCUCAAAGAAGUUGGGUAUGAAAGACAAUAUAGUUGCCUUUGAUGAAUCUAGAGAUGUAUGAUUUGGUUUCUGAAUCUCUCUUGGUGUCCAAAAAUGUGAUUGUUGAUUUAGGUGUUCGAGGGAAUAAAGAAGAGGCUUUUGCAUAAAGAUUAGCAUAGGGAGCAAAUGAAUAUUGAGGAUUCAUAUAGACGACCCAAACUAGUUCGGCAUUAAGGCGUAGUUCUUGUUAUUGCAUUGGCUGAAGGGUGGUGAAAGAAGCAAAACAAAUAUCAGAAGGGUGGUGAAAGAGUUGUUGUUGUUGUGGCAUUGGCUGAAAGGUGGUGAAAGAAGUAUUGUUUGGCAAAUUGUGUAUGAUGGAUCCUCCGGCAGCUCAACCGGCAGCACACCGUAAAAAGAUGACAAAACAAUUAACAGGGAAAAGGGAUGACAGUUCCUUGCAUGCUGCAGCUAGAGCUGGAAACCUCGUCGCGGUAAGAGAGAUUCUUGAUCAGACAGGGGAGGAAGAUUUGGCAGGGUUGAUGAUAAAGCAAAAUGCAGCUGGAGAGACUGCAUUGUAUGUUGCAGCAGAAUAUGGUUAUUAUCAGUUGGUUAAGGAUAUGAUCCAUUACUAUGAUCUUGUAGCUGCUGGAAUCAAAGCGAGGAACGGUUAUGAUGCUUUGCACAUUGCUGCCAAACAAGGAGAUUUAGAUAUGGUAAAGGUAUUAAUGGAAGCACAUCCAGAGCUUGCAAUGACGGUUGAUAUUUCGAAUACUACAGCUUUGCAUACAGCUGCAAACCAAGGACAUAUAGAGGUGGUGAAUUAUCUACUGGAGGCAGAGAGUAGUUUGGUCACCAUAGCUAAAAGUAACGGGAAAACGGCAUUGCACUCUGCUGCAAGAAAUGGGCAUUUACAAGUUCUCAAGGCACUUUUGAGUAAGGAGUCAAGGAUUGCAACUAGGAUGGAUAAAAAGGGGCAAACUGCACUUCAUAUGGCUGUCAAAGGACAAAAUCUUGAGGUUGUGGAAGAGUUGAUUAGAGCUGAUCCUUCAUUGAUAAACAUGGUUGACAACAAGGGCAAUACCGCCUUGCAUAUUGCUGCUAGGAAAAGCAAGGAUCAGGUUGUCAAGUUGCUGCUUGCACAGAAUGAAACGGACACUAGAGUCAUCAACAAGUCAAACGAGACAGCCCUUGACACUGCAGAGAAAGUGUCACAGACUGAAUUAGUAGUCAUCUUGCAGGAACACGGCGUUCAAAGUGCUAGAUCCAUCCAGCCACAGGCAACAAAUCCGGCAAGAGAGUUGAAGAAAACUGUAAGCGACAUAAAGCACGGGGUGCACUAUCAAUUGGAGACUACGGCCCUAACAAAAAGACGUAUACAAGAGAUUGCCAAGCGCGUGUACAAAAUGCACGCGCAAGGCCUUACCAAUGCAAUUAGUUCUACCACGGUUGUCGCUGUGCUCAUUGCCACAGUCGCCUUUGGAGGAGUUUUUCAAAUCAAUGGCCAAUGGGUUGAUGAUCCAAAUGAUAUCCCACCUGGCUAUACCCUUGGAGAAGCAAAUAUUGGUUCGAAUCCAGCAUUUAUGGUUUUCUUCAUCUUCGACUCAUUAUCUUUAUUUAUCGCUCUUGCUGUAGUGGUUGUCCAAACAACGAUCGUGGUAAUAGAAACCCAAGCCAAGAGGAAAAUGACGUCUAUUAUAAACAAGCUAAUGUGGGUGGCAUGCUUGUUCAUUUCAAUCGCUUACAUGUCCAUAUCGUAUGUCGUUGUUGGCGAUCACAAUUUGUAUAUGCCUGUAUUAGUGUCCUGCGGAGGAUCAAUCAUGAUGAUUCUGACCUUGGGAACAUUGUGUUACUGGAUCAUUAAGAACAAGCUAAGGUCAUCAAACAAGAGGAGCCUCCGAAAGAACUCUUUGGCCAACAGGUCGCGGUCGCGGUCGUGGUCAGCAUCAGUCAUCUCAGAUUCAGAUCCACUGAAUGAAUACAAGAAAAUAUAUGCUAUAUAGAAUGUUUAGCCUGGUGAAUAUAUCCAGCCCCAAAUUGUAUCUUUUUUUUUUGUGGGGUCAUGGAUGUCCUUUGGCUUUUA